UGUGUUGGUGUCGCAUAGUGAUUACGUAGGAGGAAAUAGCUGUCUUGCACUUUUUCUAAUGUCUUUGCACUCCUAAAUUAUAAACUAGGUAGCUAAAUGUUUAUAUGAAGUGAAAAUGAGAGCAACAUACAAAACCUUUUUCGUAUUUUAUGUUUUGAUAUCGAAUGUUUUUGUGAACGCGUUAGAACCAAUCUCAACCACAUUUGUGUUCGGUUUGGGAGUUGCAGCAGUGGGGCGGAAAUUGUACAAUUAUGUAUACGAUGAAAGGUGCAAUUCAAAAUGGAUUGCUUUUAAUUCAACAGGUUUGGAAGUGGCCCUAGAUCAGAAGCUGUUUGGUCAACAUGUUGCCUCCAGAGUCAUCCAGAAAGCUGUAACGGGUUUCAUGAACAAUAAAAAUCCUAAAAAGCCCCUGGUGCUCUCUCUACAUGGCUGGAGUGGCACAGGGAAGAACUUAGUCAGCCAGUUGAUAGCUGAAAACGUCUACAAGGAGGGCAUGGCCAGCAGUUUCGUCCAUCAGCUUGACUUUACACGUCACUUCCCUCAUCGGGGUCAGCUUGAGAACUACAAGGUUAAACAAUCUCAGCUGCAGCAGUGGGUCAAAGGCAACGUCACCAACUGCCCACGUUCCAUGUUCAUCUUUGACGAGAUGGAAAAGAUGAUCCCUGGCCUGAUUGACUGUAUAAAGCCCUACCUGGAUUACUACGAAUAUCUGGAUGGGGUCUCAUACCGCCAAGCCAUCUUCAUCUUCCUCAGCAACGCUGGAAUAGAGAACUUCGCACAGGUGGCCCUGGAAUUCUGGAAAGCAGGUCGAGACAGAGAGGAGAUACAAUUGCAUGACUUAGAACCAGAUCUCUCCCUGUCCUUGUUCAACAACAAGAAGAGUGGGUUGUGGCACUCUAGUCUGAUAGAGAAGAACCUAGUUGACUUCUUUGUCCCCUUCCUGCCUCUGGAGUACAGACACGUGCUGCUGUGUGGCAUGGCAGAGAUGUCCGCCAAGGGCCUGGAGCCCAACCAGGACGUGGUCGACAAGAUGGCCAGAGACUUGCUCUAUUUCCCAAAGAGCGAGAAGAUCUUCUCCGUCAAGGGCUGCAAGACCAUCGGCAGCAAGCUAGAUUACUUCACGUAGUGCGUGUUUGAGGCCAACUACGUUGCUGCCGGCAGCUGCAGACUGACCGAUCUAAUCAUAAUGAGUAGUAAUUUAGGAAGAAACGUGGUUUGUAGGUCUGAUCAGUUGGUCUGCAGUUGCUGACGGUAAUGUAGACGAUCUCAGAGGGAACAGCUACUGUAUCUAUCUACCUCCUACUCUACUGUGUGCUCUUUCUUAAUGAGAACAUCUCCGCCAGUUGGAGUGAGGAAGUCCGUGACUGAUGACCCGCCCCUCAGGCCUCCCACCGUCAACACAACCAUGGAGAACAUCAACGGUCUUGUUCUUAUGGUGUCACUUCUCCCUGAAGAUGGAUUACUGAGAGGAGGGUGGAUUUAAGAAGAGAUACAAAAAUAUAUUUAAAACACUGAGGGUAAACGCUAUUCUUUUUAACCAAUCAAAGUGCUUGUUCCUGAUUUUGUUUAUUCUGUAAAUGAUUAUCUCCAAAUAAUGAUUUCCUUUUUCAUGGAAUUCUGCUGCACAUGAACUGUGGCAGGUGAAAAUUAGUUGUGUAUUAGAAACAAAUGUGGUUUAAAGUUACAAUCUGAAAUACUGUAGAAAAGGCCCAUGGAGUUGGUGGAAGAAUCCUUUAAUUCAUGGCCACUUACUCAGCUUGGCCAGGGGCGCUUUAAUUAGGUCAGGUGGAAAUGUCCGACAGAUCUCAACUCCAUAAAAGAAGGAAAUCUCCAUCGCCCGAUCUCGCUGCUUUCUCUUCCUUAACUCCGUCUAAUCCAGAAGAUCUGUGUGUCCAUGAAUCCACGUAAGUCCACCAAAUCUGUUACCUUUCAUCUGAACUAUCUUUUGCGAUCGGGAGAGUGGACCAUCAGUUAUUGUUUAUAGUUAUUACUGCGGAGAGCGGCUUGGAGCGCACACUUCAAACCUAAGGUCAAUGAUCACGGCCCUACGGAUCAUCACAGGCCAGUUAUGCCAUCGAUAUAUGGUUAAUAUGUAAUGACAUGUACAUAUGAAGACACUUGAAAGGGUGAAAUAUGAAACGUCAUCGUUUGCUGAACUGAUCGAUUCUGAUACGAAACUAAUGGGGAUUAUAGAUUGAAUAACCGAUCACUGUUUGUAUUAUUCUUCUCAUGAUUAUGAUAUAUAGUUACGUGCAUAAAUGACUCAAGGAUGAUUCCUAUUGACUUCUUAAUGAACUGGUUUGUUGAAUUCCCUAAUUAUGUUAAUAAUGAAUGAUUGUUAUGAUUUGAUCUUUGUGAUUAUGAAUUUGAUU